AUGUCAACCGAACCCUUCCUCAAUUCCGUCACCAUGCAUGAGCGUUUCAUGCCAUACGAGCUUGGACGCCAGUUACAGCGCUUCCACGACGACCAUCCCGAGCAGCUUACCAUGCUCACAGACAAGGACUGGGAAUGGAUUCGCGACGUGUGCUCAAAGCCACCAACUCAGCCGGGCGAAGAGCGAUACCCUGCUGAGUGGGUUAUUAGCCCAGAAUCAAUCAUCAGUGCCCUGCCCCGAUGGCGUAGAUACAUGAGUCAUAAGCAUCCCUAUAAAGGAUUCAUGGUUGAACGCUCCACGUUUCUUAAACGCGCAAGAGUCAAGGAUAGCAAAUACCGGAAUCCCAAAAGGAACAUGGAUGAUAGUCGUGACCCCGAAGGGCAGAACGUUGGUCAGGAGGAAAGGAAUGAAAUGAAUCAGGAUGCUGGAAGUGAGGUCGCACAUGAUGGUGACUCUGAACAGGGGGGUGGAUCACUCUGGGGAGGUCAUUUACUAUGA